AUGACCGAUAUUGUCGAUAUAAAAGAGAAACUGAAAUUUAAUAACAUCACAAUCCAAUCGCAGGGAUUUAGUCAAUUAUUAGAAGAGUUCAAAUCGACGAAACUGGAUAAAAAACAAAAAGUUGCACUUGAAAAUGUUUAUUUUGACUGCAUUUUUCAAUACGGAAUUGUUCCAUGCCAAUGGUUUCAAGAAACAUUACCUCACAUGCUGAAAAAUGGGUACCUAAAUUCCGAAACAUUGCUGGACGAAAUUUCAAUUCGGAUAAAUAAGGCGCCAAAUGCUGAGAAUAUCAUUCGCGUUAUAACAGAAACAUGUGAUUUGCAUUAUUCGGCAUUUUUGAAGCUGGCCAGACGUGUAAACUCUGAUGAAUUGACGAGGCUAUUCAAUAUUCGCAAGCUAAUUUCGGAUUGUCACUCGUACGCAAAACCGAAAACUCCGAUGCUAUCACGAUCUAUCAAAAUUGGAGAUUUGUUUGAUCUUGUAGUAGCUGAUGGAAAAACGGACAAAUUUCUCAACUCUGUGGAUUUUCUCUUUGAAAAGCACAAUCUUCACGAAAAUGAGACGCUUUUAGCAUUUGUUGUCGCAUUGUUACCAUUUUGUGAAUCUCAGAAGCAAGCUUGUCGAAUCAUUUCAAAUUUUGCAAAGAAGAAACCAUAUUUGGACGAUGGCAGCCGAUUAGCUCACACGAUUAAUAUUGUCGUCGAACUCUGUAAACACGAUGUACUUGAAAUGAAAACUGUUAGAAGGCAGCUUCUCAAGAGAAUCGGAAAUCACGGAAAUGAAAAAGCCCAUGCAGCUUACUGUAAAUUAUUGGCGCUUGGAGUUACCUCGGACCCUGACGAGACCGUUGAAAUGAACGCGGAAUUCCGAGAAGAGUGCAUCAAAGAGCUUCUUGGCUACACGAAACUAUCGAAACCGGGAGAAAUACAUCAGAGCAUUGUAUGUGAAGCGUGGAAAUCGCUCGGAAGCUUUGAUGCCGAUGAAGUGGCGUCUGCUGCGUUUGACGGGAUUGAUGGAUUACUAGCGGGAUUUAAGAGUAUGAGCAAGACUGCAAGAAAAGGAUUUGUCGAAUUCCUUCGCCAAUUUGUUGCGCGAGAAGUUGAAAAUCUUCCACGACCUCUUUACAAUCUCACGUCAUCGCCCUCCACGGAUGUUCUUCCUUUGUUCACAAAUAUCGACUCGUUCAAGGAUUCCUUGCAUAAUUUGCAUAAUGAGAGCUCAUGGUUUUGGCGAGCAAGUCUUCCGCUAAGCGCGUCAAUUCUGAAGCUAAGCUCGCCUUCAAAUAAGGCGGUAACGGCAGUGAGGUUGAUUCGAUCAUGUGCAACCCUUAUUAGUCCAUCAACGAGCCAUGAGGAUAUGAUUUCGCUGUUUGCCUCAUGGCGCAUUUGCAUUCGAGAAGCGCUCAAUAGUUUAUCGGAAUCCAAAAAUCACGAUAUUUUAUGGGCGAGAGACCAGAUUUGUGAGGAAGGCCGACGAUCAUUGGCGGAGAAUGGCGAAUCGGUGGAUAAUGUCAUGAUGAUACUCGCCGUUCUCGCUGGAAUCAUUGAAGAGAAAAUUAAGACGAUUUCUGAUCCGAAAAUUGUCGAUGAAAUUACCAAAAAUCACAAGCCUUGGCUGAUUUCGGUUUUUGAGUUUUGUGCAACACGUCUUCCGAAGGAGUUCAAGCAUCAACGAGGCAAAAAAGCAAAUCCGAUAUACCAAAUUUUGACGCAGUCCAACAAAUCGUCGUUGCAUAUCGCCAUAUUCUGUGCUAAGCUUCUGCUCCGACAUUAUGCGAUUUUGGAGUUUUAUAAAAUGGAAAGCAAUUUUUGUUUGAAGAAAGAACCACUUGAAAUUUGUCUUCUGGAAAAUUCUGAAGCCAAAUUAGACGUCGUUCCGAGUCGAAGAGAUUUGUGGAUUAAUGCGGAAGCAUAUGGUUGUGAUCGCCUUACAACAAUUGCCGUUGAGAACAGAUACAAAAAGCAAAUUGAGAAGGAAGAUUGUUUAGACGAUCCGAACAUUCUUCUAGAAUCUAUUGGAUCAGUUGAAAGCAUUGAAAAAUUUUUCACCUCGUUGUCUGCCUCAGACACAUCAAAUUUGAUGGGAAUGCAUAAGAAGGCGCGAAAAGUUAUUGAGAAAUUGUUCAAUAAUGGAACCGAACAGAUAAAAAAGGCAAUUUAUCAAGGGUUGUCGGAUUUGGCCGUGGCAACUUCAUUGAAAAUCCCGAUGGCGAAACAAACAAUUUCGAUGGAGAAAUUUCCCGAGAAUAGUCUGAUUCGAAUGAUCUGUCGAUGUUUUGAUGAGAAAAGUGGGAUUGAUGAUGAUGGAUUGAGAGAACUGAUCAGGGCUCUGAUUUCGCAUAAGAGAUCAGACGGAAAGCGGCUUCCUCAAGCAAAUUGGUUAGGAAUUAUUGAAAAGACGAAUUGGAAGAAUUCGGAGCCUGAGCAGUUGCUAGCAGUUGUAUGUCUUGCUUGUGAGCAGAAUAUUGAGGAGAUUGUUUUUGAAGUUUUGAAUGAUAUCGAAUGUGUGGAACGUCAUCCGAAAAUUUUGGAAGUUUUUGCUGAGCAUCUUCAUGCCGUAAUCAAUAUGGUUUCAAGUCAAGUUGCUGAAAAGCUUAUAAGAAGAAUAAUUGAAAAGAUUCGAAGUGAGUCGGAAAUUGCUGAUAUAUUGAAGGAAUCGAUUCGUAGCAACCAACGAUUGCCGAUAGUUCGAACCAUUCUUUCUCUUGAAUUACCACCGCUAUCGGAAUGUGAGAUGCUUUCAGAUUGUCUUCUUGAUUGCCUAAUUGAGCCGCAAGAAUUUGUUGGUUGCAUUUCAAGAAAUUAUGAUUUCUGGAUUGAAUCUCGCAAAGCUGACGACAUGAAAAUGAAGCGAUUAUGUGAAUUGUAUGCGGAAGAGGCGGAUAAAAACACGAUGCUUGCUAUUUUGUCGAUCGAAUCAGAUUCUUUGUCGGUGAAACGAAGAUUUGAAAAGAUUUUGGAUGUGAUCUCAGUUAGCAGAAUAUCCAGAAGCUCGUCUCUUCCAAUGGAUUCGUUCCUUCCGAUCAUUAUGGCACUUUUGGUUUCGGCAUCAGAUCAAUUCCCAUUGCAUUGGUUUGGAUAUGAUUCGCAGGUGUUGGAAAUAAUGAUGAUUCUUGUUCAACGAUUUUGGAAUGAAUACACAAGUUGCCAAGAUUUUGAGGAUAAUGUGAAACAUCUUGUUUCCUUCUUGAUGCCAUAUCUUAAGAAGGAAGACUCCUAUCCUGACUGGCAACGAACUACCGCGAAGUAUCUUCUUCGCUCGAUUUUUGCUAAAUUCCCUUCAAAAGUGAUGCCGAUUGUGGAGAAUGAGCCUGACCAAUUUUUCAAUAUUCUUAUUGAAGAUUUAUAG